CACAUACGAAAGAAGAAGUAAAAAAACAACAUUUGUUCUCCCUUCGCUGCGAUCCCGUGUGUACGACGGUGUGCAGGAAUCGUGUGCGAUUGUUUUCUAUCUUGCAGCUGCAUUUAUAUAGCUUAGAACGUCCUCCACGCUAAUAUAUCCCAGCUCGCCCAGUAAAGUGUAGUUAGGGCGUGAUUCCGUGCGACAGGAGAACAGUGCAACGGUGCGUGUGUUGUGUGUUGUGGGAAAAGCGAAUCGGGCGAAUCUGUGGGAAAGUGCUACGUUGCGCCUUGUUAACGACGAACGACGACGACGGAGGAACGACGAACAACCGUAACACCACUCCCGGACGAGAAGCUGCUGUGGUGUUUGCCGCUGUGAAGAAUCCGUCUUAUCGUUUAUCGUAUCGUAACGUUUUGCUGUGAAGAAAGGUUUCAUGCUCCAUUCGCCUGUCGUCGUCGCCAGUGCGUUGCAGUGUAUGCGCCCGCCCCAGUAAUUAUCGAUACGUCAACAACGGUGGACAAUCGGUGAUUUUGACCGCGCGUCGUGGGCCCACUUGGACGUUGGACUCCGCUGCUCCGUAAUCUAAGGUGCGGUCGUCAAAGGCAACAGCAGUAGCGGCAGCAUCUCACAACUUCUACGAACCCUAACAGCUGUCCGGUGCCAGCGGGAGUUCCCAUCGAACAAUCGUAGCAACCGUCGAACGUAUCUCUCUGGAAACAGCGCUGCUGUGGAACGGUGCAUCGAAGAAGAAACUGUGCUUCCUCCAGACACAACACAGAACACUUUUCGGCAGAUUCAUCGCUCGCCUUCACGGAAGGUGUACCAGAGGCCUUUGUCGCGUGUGAUCAAUUGACAGUCAUCGGUUGCGGACAGAUACGCGGUUUGGUGCGACGGCUUACGGGGCUAGUUCUCGCGUGCCAUUGAAUAUUGUGCUGUGUUUCGCGUGUGUGUUUCGCGGGUCGAGUUUGUGAUUGGAUUUUCUAGGAAGUGCUUAAUCCGAACCGGGCGCAGUGUGUUGUGGAAUCCGAUCACCUAUAACGAGUGCCUGAAGUGAAUCAAAAGACCCUCUCCCCAUCAUUCCCUACGGUACUCGCACAUCCAACGCACCAUGUCGAACGCACAGGAGGAAGAGCAACACCUGCGGGAAUGUGAAUCGUACAUCCAGACGCACCGGAUCCAGCGGUUGCUGAAGGACUGCAUUGCGCAGCUGUGCGUAUCCCGGCCCGACAAUCCGAUCGUCUUUCUGCGGCAGUACUUCCAGAAGCUGGAACGGGAACAGGCAAAGCUGGAUGCCAGCAAGCAGGCAGUCACGCCGGACGAUCUCGACGAUUUGAGCCCAAUGCCACAGACGGCGGUACCGCCGGUACGACGUCGGGGCGGCAUCUCGGCCGAACCCGUCACCGAGGAGGACGCCACCAGCUACGUGAAGAAGGUUGUACCGAAGGACUACAAAACGAUGGCCGCCCUGUCGAAAGCGAUCGCCAAAAAUGUGCUGUUUUCGCAUCUGGAUGAAAACGAGCGGUCGGACAUCUUCGACGCAAUGUUUCCCUGCAACUUUCUUCCGGGCGAACCGAUCAUCCAGCAGGGUGACGAGGGUGACAACUUUUACGUCAUCGAUAUCGGCGAGGUUGAGGUCUUUGUAAAUAAUGAACAGGUAACGACGAUCAGCGAAGGUGGCAGCUUUGGUGAGCUUGCCUUGAUCUACGGUACGCCUCGUGCGGCCACCGUCCGUGCCAAAACCGAUGUAAAGCUGUGGGGCAUCGAUCGGGACUCGUACCGUCGCAUUCUGAUGGGUUCGACGAUUCGAAAGCGCAAGAUGUACGAAGAGUUCCUGUCGCGCGUCUCAAUUCUAGAGAGCCUCGACAAAUGGGAACGGCUUACGGUGGCCGAUGCGCUCGAGCCGGUUAGCUUCGAGGAUGGUGAAACGAUCGUAAAGCAAGGUGAACCGGGCAACGAUUUCUACAUUAUCGUGGAAGGAUGUGCAACCGUCAUGCAGAAACGUGGCGAAAACGAAGAGGCAGCAGAAGUUGGUCGGCUUGGACCGUCGGAUUACUUCGGUGAGAUUGCGCUGCUGCUCGAUCGACCCCGUGCCGCCACCGUAAUUGCCCGUGGACCGCUGAAAUGUGUCAAGCUGGAUCGGGCUCGGUUCGAGCGUGUGCUCGGCCUGUGUGCCGACAUUCUCAAGCGAAACAUUACCCAGUACAACAGUUUCGUGUCACUGUCCGUUUAAACAGCAAAACAAAACACACACAAAAACACAAGAAUCGAGCUGCUGAGGGGGGGAUGAUCGCCACAUAACUGCGAUUCGCACGUGCUGCUACACACCGAAUAUACCGAGAUGAAUGGAUGGUCCGAUUAGGUCGAUGUGCUGUUGUGUAGUGAGCAGGCUCUUGCCGUCUAUAACUUCCUGGCAGUGACAUGUGUAUACGGAAACGAGGAAAGGAAAACUUGUGAAUGACUUGAUUUCUCCACCGUCGUCGAUUCGGUUAUGCGCGCGUUUUGUUUCUCAUGUUUGGUGGCGUUUGCUAGCAGUAGAAAAUUCGGUUCUCGAUUCUCACGCAAUCUUUCAAUUCACCAUCAAUCUGGCGGACCAUCGGUGGCGCUAGAGAUGCACCGAGGUGCGCAUGUACGGUAGGCCGGCAGCGAACGCUCGUCGACGCUUGUGAUUGAUGUGCACGUGCGUACAGUUUACUUAAACGAAUGGUUUUGGAACAGGAAACAGUGGUCCAGCUAAAGCGGUUAUCUGUUUUCGGUCGGAUCAGAAUGUUGUAUUAGCACCGGUUGACCGGUGAGUUAGAUUUGUGCCCGAGUUGCACGUCGCGCAUGCUGUAUCUCGGAGGUGGAUUGCGUCGGCGCGUUUAAUUUUUCACGCGUUUGCUAAUUUCUCUAUAAAUUAAUGCAAUGAAUUAGUUAAGUAUUUAUAACCGAACGAUUUGUGUUAGUAUGAUCAGAAGGUCAAUGUAAAAAGGCAGCAUAAAAAAAUGGUUUGAUCGACGAAGCACGGCCGGAUAGGGAAAAUUUUCGGUGAAGGUAGGAAGAAAAGUACAGCUUGUAUAGAAAAUAGAUUUUCCCGUUGUGCGGCACGUGCGAUUUGGAUAACGCAUCUGGAUGGCGCAUCAAGGUUAGAGCAGGGUCCAGAAAAGAUUCAAAAAAAGCAAGCAAAUAUUCAGCGCAGGAAAUUGAAAGAAAAAAAGCAGCAGCCAUACAGCAGCGCUUCUUAACAACUUUUUUAAUCGAAAUGGUUGGUAAAAAAAAAUUGUAAUUGGAAGUGGAUUUUGUAAUCAAAAGGCGUUAAGAAAGAGACCCAUGGGACGGGGGUCAAUCAGUUUGGAAAGGGAAUCCGUGUAAGGGCAGGCUGAAAGCACAAUUAUAACCAGUAUGAACCACGAAUAACUUUAACCCGAAGGGCGAAGCGUUACCGGCGCGCGUUACAGGAGCGUUACAGGAAACCAACACACACACACACACACACACACACACACACACACAUACACACACACAGGUACAUUAACCAUUUUCUCAACGUUUUUAGCUGUUUGGUGUCUUUUUGGGUAUAUGUUGAUGUAAAUCUCGCUGCCGCACUACUGAAGCAGAGGGACGCUACCCUGGUGACAAUGAGAGAGAGAGAGAGAGAGAGAGAGAACAUUUUUAAUGAUCGGUCGCCUUGUUUUCGCCAUGUUCUGGCUUUUGUUCACGGUGAAAUUAACGGGCAUAUUCGAAUUUUGAAUUCUUGCCUGCAGUUCUUCAGGAUAGUAUAGUUUGGCGAAUUUGUCAAUUUUCUUUGAGCAAAGUCCUAUCAUGCUGCCCGCAAGAUAAGACACACAUUAGAGGAUCAUGUAAUCAACUUCUUUUGGUGAUCAGGGAGGGUGUUUGGGAGCCUACCAAACCCUGAGGACUUUAUAUUAAGCUUUAGAAAGAUCCGGAGACCGAUCAACGGUGGAUGAAAAGGCCAAGAGAGAGUGAGAGAGAGGGCGUGCUUAAGCCCGAGAAAAAAGAGCAAACACACAUUGCUACCAGGGUACGCUGAUAUCCCGUCAAACAAAUAGGUAAAACAAUCAAACAUACUACACAAAAGACAGUAAUGGGGAAGGUAAACAUGUGUCGUGUGCAAUACCGUGUCUUUGCAGAUCAAAAUUUGAUCCUUUCUCUAACUGGUUGGUGUAAAAUAAGGCACAAGCCCGAUUGGUGUUUUUCUUUCACUUAUUGCCAAACACUGUCUCGUGUACUUUCUGCGUACCGUCUAUCUGUCGGUGGAACACGCUCCUACAUUUGCCUCUUUAAGUAGUCUCUAUCGUGCACCGCUACUUUUACAGGGUUUCUCAGGCCAGUUCAACACCGUUACACUAUGUGUCAACAGCAUCAAACACUAAUCCGACAUCGCAUAUGCAAUUCUCAACCCUUCUCAACAAAGGGAAAACCAACUUUCGACUCCGUAAAAUCCUUAUUCGACAAUGGAAAAUACUAUUUUCGAUACAAUGUUUAUAUGCGGUUUCGCCCUGAUAAUUCCCGUAUCAUUUCAAUUGAUUCUAAUCAAUUGGGGGUAGUCCGGUGGCGGAAGCGCAUACGACACCGAUCUUCACAAGGCCAGACCGGAGAUCGAAUCCCAUCCAAGACCGCCUUCGUGUACGCGGGACAAGCCGAAGAAAGAAAUAGCAGGCACCGAGACGUAGAAGGAUGCUCUUGGAAUAGAAAACGCAUUGAAAUUUCUCAACAUAACUAACAACAAUAUCUAACUGAUUUAUUUUUAAAAUUUAAUUGAAGUUUUAUAAUGGAAAUCAUGAAAAAUCAUCGGCAAAAAGGUCUAAGUAGUGUUUGAUGAUGCUGUUAACAUACAGUGUUACAAUGGUGGACCGGCCUGUGGAAACCUUGUAAAUCGUUUCAAUCGAAGCAUAAACAGAACAGAAAGGAAAAAAAGGCAUACACUUUUCACGCACUUUUUCCGGCACUCGCAUCUCCCACGAUAUGUGAUGUUGCCUUGUGAGAUGUUUUAAUGUACAGUAUAUAGUGACCGCGCAUACAAGAAAUAAAAAUGAAUUCUAGUGCGAAGAGAAUGGUGGUGAUUUGGUGGAAAGAGAGCGCGAAAAUCGGCAGUGUAGAGAGAGGUAUAAGUUUUACACCUGUUUUGUGUCGUGACUUGGUUUCUUCUGCUGGUUUUUCUCGCCAAUAAUGGUAGAUUUGGUUGGUACGCUUUAAGGCAUUCGUUUCAACAGUACGCACUAACCGUUUCCUAGCGCUUAUGGCGGUUUAUGGUUUAUGGUCGCGGAUAUAGCUUGCCUUUAAAUAUGCUGCUGCGCUGCUAUUCAUCCAUUUAUUGUUCAUAUUCUAAAGUAACAUACACGUAACAACUAAAAGCAGUAACAGUAUAUAGAGAUAGCAGAGAGAGAGAGAGAGAGAGAGAGAGAGAGAGAGAGAGAGAGAGAGAGAGAGUUAGUGCUUGGCUGGGGCAACGGGAGGACGGGAUAGAUUAGAAAUUGCAGAAAGGCUGGUCCUUUAUUUCGUUUAUUGUCGUUCCACAAACACACACCCACACGGUUUACAUAUUUUACGGCAAGUUAGUAAAACAAAUAGUAAGGUUUUAUUAUAGAGCAACUAGCAAACCGAUUAAUGCACCUAGCAGUAGAAUAAAAAAUAGAAGAAAAAUUCCCCCGGGUGUAAAAAAAACCAACACACAAACACACUUUUUUCCAGCUUGGGGCCCAUCUUUCUUCGUGUUGGGAAUAGUAGACAGCAUUACUUAAGGCAGUACUCCAGAACUGCUGGUGAACUGGAACGAAAGAUGCAAGCUGAAAGAUCGAUACGUGCUCGAUUUGGUUUUGGUGUAAUGGGCGAUUGAGAGAGAGAGAGAGCUAAAGUGCUGAGUGCCACAGGUUGAGUAGAACACGAGAUGUAAGAUGCAAAUGAAGGUGUUUUACUAGCACACCCAUCCUCUUCAGGAAUCCCUGCAGAUGUUGAGCCAAAUUUAUUGUAGAUCAGUCUCUUACAUACAUAUGCCACUCGCUCUCCAGUUAUCUCUCUUCCCACCUACGGAUCAACUCGAACUGUUUGCUGCGCGUAGUGUGUGCAUUAGAAGAAUUCAAACUAAUGAUACUAGUUCUUUCACACUCACACACACACACAGCGAAGUAAUAGUGUGUCGUCCAUCUGGUGUCAAGUGUGCCGUUUUCCCUUGGGAAAUCACCGUUGUGCGUUAUUAAAAAAAAGAGGCACUUGCAUACAUUUAGGCGCUCGGGAUAACCACGACCAACGCUCAGCUUAUGGACUUCUCACUGCGACUUUAGUAAUGCCCGUAGUCACCGUUCAAUUUUUCUUCAAGGUUCCGGACGCAGAGUAGUGCGCAAGUUGUUCUUCAGUUCUGGAAAUCAACUUCCAGCAUAAGAAACAAUUCAAAAAUUAAUGGACAGAAAUCGUAGAAAGGAAGAGAGAGUUUACAUGUAAAAUGGCGGGAAAUUAUUAUCUCUUCUGGUGGAUGUAUGUUAAAGAAACAAAAAAAAAAACCAUUAGGCGGAAAAUGUUAGACUUGUGUUGUGGUAUUUUUUGGUGCCCGAGGAAGCAUAUGGAAAGCAUCCCGAUAGGGAUGGGAGACAAGACGCUAGAUAAUUGUCCACUAUCUACAUACACUGGGUGUCAUAAAAAAAAACAACCUGGUGUUAAUAACUAACCCAAGAUGUUCUUACGUUUCUCGUUGUAAGGUCCGCUACAAUGGAUACAUUGUUUGUGGUUCUUUCCUCUUCGGUUCUGUCAUAUGCCUAGAUUACACCGGGAAUAAUAUCAUGUGUGUUGAAUGAGUGAAAAGUGCCGUGAGAAAAGUUAACGCCGCUGAUGAUGGGAUGAUGGCGCAUGAAAAGCAUGGUAGAAUUGUGAGUGUGUGAAGGAGGUGGAAAUAAUAAAAUAACAAAACCGAAAAAAAA